AUGAGCUUCGUGACGGUGGGAGGAGAGGCCUCCUCUCGCCCCACCUUUUUUGAGCUGGUGGCCGCCGACAGACUCCUCCCCAGCCUCAAGGCUGCCAUAGCAUACUCCCUAUCGGUCUAUGCCCAGCGCCGGCCCUCGCUGCUGCGGCUCCUGGACCACGAGGACGAGCUCUUCUUCCUGAUCAGCGCCUGGCUGCACCGGGGGUCGCUCAGGGCCUCCGACGCCUCCUUCGCCGAGGGACUGUAUGCGCUGCGCCGCGUCCCUGCGGCGCGGCGCGGCGCAGAGGAGGGGGCGGGCGGCCUGUCCCCGCAGCAGCGCAUCUCCACGCUGGCGCUCCUGACCCUGGUGCCCUACGCCCGCGCCAAGCUGGACGGCCUGCACGGGCGCCACGCGCCGCAGCUGCGCUCGCUGCAGGCCCUGGGCCUGCAGCCUCCUCCCGCUCCCGCCGCGAGGGGAGCAGACGGCCUCGCCGACGGCUGGCGCCGCCUGGCGCUGCGCGCCUUCCUCAGGGGCUACCCCUGCGUGGUGGCGGUGCACGAGGGCUCUCGCUUCCUCUACCAGCUGCUCUACCUGCUGGGCCGCUCCCCGCACUACGCCCCGGGCCUCCACCUGCUGGGCCUCACCGUGGCGCGGCUGCUGGAGUGGUGGUAUACCUCGGGCGAGCAGGCGCUGGGGGAGAGGGCCGCGCUGACGCCGCCGCCGCCCCCGCCGCCGCUGGCCCCCGCCGAGGGCGGCAUCCAGCUGCCCGACGACGCCGCGCUGUGCCCGCUGUGUAGAAGCGAGCGCAAGAACCCGGCCCUGCUGGCGCCGACGGGGUACGCCUUCUGCUACACCUGCGUGCACCGCCACGUCAGCGAGGCGGGCGCCUGCCCCGUGACCCUGGAGCCCGUCAAGCUGGAGGACAUCUGGAGGCUCUACCCCGGCAUGUGA